GUGGAUAGUGACCGUACCCACUCGACUCUCUCCCCCCCCUAACAACCAAAUAAACCAUCAAAAAUCUUUCACAAUAUUAUUAUUUUUUUCCCAGUGCGUUAACAGUGCAACUCCAUUACAUCACCCAGACAUUCUCAAUAAACAAUUAUUAAAAAUACAAUUAUUGGGUGCAAAAUAUAUGCAAAAUCUAGCGCGCAACGUGGAUGUAUUGACGCAAGGACUUAAAUACAGUAUAUCUGGACUCAUGAACCUCGCAAAUCGAACAACUGAACCUCAGAGUGGAGCUUAUUUUGUUAAUUUCAAUCAGGACUGCACGUCAUUGGCUGUUGGGUCAAAGUCCGGUUACAAACUAUUUUCACUGACCUCCGUUGAUUAUUUGGAGAAAAUAUUUGAAAAUGAUUCCGAAGACAUUUGCAUUGUCGAGAGGCUGUUCAGCAGCAGCCUCAUGGCGGUUGUUAACUACUCAUCUCCAAGAAAACUCAAAGUUUGUCAUUUCAGGAAGGGAACGGAGAUAUGCAACUACAGUUACUCAAAUACAAUUUUGGCUGUGAAACUUAACAGAGCGAGACUGGUAGUCUGUCUCGAGGAAUCUCUGUAUAUCCACAAUAUACGGGACAUGAAGGUGUUACACACGAUUCGAGAUACACCGCCUAACGUUGCAGGCCUCUGCAUAUUGUCGAUAAACAGUGACAACUGUUACCUCGCCUACCCUGGGUCCAAUACCAUUGGCGAAGUCCAAAUAUUCGAUGCCAUCAAUCUGCAAGCAAAAACAAUGAUCCCAGCUCAUGACAGUCCCCUGGCAGCGCUUGCAUUCAGUCCAAAUGGUACCAAAGUUGCAACGGCAUCAGAAAAAGGCACUGUGAUUAGAGUCUUUCAAGUUCACGAUGGAACUAAAUUAUUUGAAUUUCGCCGAGGUGUGAAACGAUGCGUGUCAAUCAGUAGUUUGGCAUUCAGCAUCGACUCCAUGUUUUUGUGUUGCUCUAGUAAUACAGAAACGGUACACAUAUUUAAACUGGAGGAACCGAAAGAAGCGCCGAAACAGGCACCUGAGGAGACCCAAAGCUGGAUGGGCUACCUGACGAAAGCAGUGUCAGCCUCAGCAAAUUAUUUACCUUCACAAGUUACUGAUGUAUUCAAUCAAGGCCGUGCAUUCGCUAGUGUGCACCUGCCAUUUCAAGGAUUGAAAAACGUCUGUGCCAUCACUACAAUACAAAAAGUACUGAGGCUACUCGUGGCAAAUGUAGAUGGUUAUCUAUAUGUCUACAAUUUGGAUCCCAAUGAGGGCGGCGACUGCACACUUUUGAAGCAGCACAGAUUAGAUGGAAAACAGGACGAAGUAGACUGCGCUAGUGCGUCAACCGCAGGCGAAACCACAGCUAACGUGACACCUGCAGCCCCCAUAGUACAAAAUCCAGCCUGCAUAAAUAGCUACGCGGGUGCGUUGCGCGGCCGCUCACCAGACUCCAUGUCAGAUGGGAUAAUCCAACAAUUCCUGGGCCAGUUGAGCAAUAUGUUUUGACGAGGGGACCCUAAAUUUGAUUUAGAAGGAGCAAAGUCAUGAGAGUGGAUUUUUAAUGAAAACAUCAAUAUUGACUGGCUAAUUAUGCAACGUUUAACUAAUUGACAGUUAAACAAAGUAUUGAUCAUGGUUUUCCUUAUUUUUGUUAACUUUCAUGGAAUAAUUGACCUGAUUCAUCAUUUUCAUUGAGGCUUUUAAAUAUUUUCUGUAGAAUUUCUUCAGCUCCAAUUUUGCAGUCUCUAUUUUUACAGUUUUGAUCUCAAAAAUAUUGCAAAAUUAGAGGCGAAGGAAUAUUACAGGAAAAGUAUCAAUAGAAUGUCUGUUUAUAGAAAAAUCAAAUUUGCUAGACCUUUACAUUGAAUUUUUUCACAUGUGUAGCCAUCUAUCUAUUAAAAACAGUUUUAGGCACUUGUGUUGAUAGCUAUUUUUUGUUAUUUGAGCACCAGAUCAUUUUUAGCCCCGUAGAACAAAGAUAUCGACCAAAAAUGAGGAGAAAAUGACUUAACAUGGGAGGAGACGGAAUGAUACUCUUGGCACUGGCCUACAAAAAUCGAUUGAAAAAAUAUAUAUUGUUGAAAUGAAAAUUCAAUGAAGCAAAGAAAUGAUGCAACCGUCAUGGAACUGGCAAAUCAAUCGAUGGUCAUUUGAUGAUGGCUCGAUUUGUCUGCUGGUUCACUCGGUUGAUGGCCGAUCAAAUGUGAUUUAUUCUUUGAUCGAUGCAAGCAAUUAAUUAAUGAGUAAUCAUUCGAUAGUUGGUAUGAAGGAUUAGUCAAUUUUUAAUCAUUGGUUGAUUGCUAGACGUUUAUCAGUCGAUUGAUGGUCGAUCAUUGGCCCAUUGUCGGUCAGCGGUUAGUCGAUCCCAAUUAUCAGUGUAACAGUUGAUCGAUAAUUGAACAAUCAUCACACAUUGACCGGUGAUAGUUGGUCCCAGGGUCCAGGUGUAUCGCUCGACAUAAUUUAUUAUUUUCGGCCCAAUGACGAAAUGUUCUGUUUAUUGUCUCCCUCGAAUGGAGUGAUAUGAAUAAGAGACACUUAAGUGAAAUCCACUCAUCCUAUCUACCCACUAUCCCAUCCUCCUCCAUGGGAAUCAUCCAGCGAAUUCAAGUAAUUACCCCAUCAUCUCCCGGAAAUAAUCCCGAGACAAUAACAAUAGCCAUCAAUCAAAACUAAAUCAUGCUCACACCAAUUUUUUUCUCGUUGAAGAUUUUGUGCAUAAAAAAAUGAAUAACUCUUAACUCUACAAUGAAGUCGUAUUAUUAACCAUGAUAAUG